AUGGCUAUGAGUAACGUAUCGUUAAAUGGAAGCACACUUUCAUCUACUUUAAAUUUUAUUCAACUUCAAUUAGGUCGUUAUGGUAUGACAUUCUUCAGUAUAUUUGGUAAUAUAGGAUGUAUAUUAAAUAUAUGCGUAUUUUUACAACCAUCAUUAAGAGCAAAUUCAUGCUCUGUGUAUUUUAUAGCAACAUCAAUAGGGACUUUUUUAGUACUAAAUUUUGGCUUAUUAACUCAGUUAUUAAAUUAUGGUUAUAACAUAAGUCCUGUCAAUGGAAUAUCAUUAUUUUGUAAAUUAAGAGCGUAUUUAUCGGUUGUAUUUACUAUGUUAGAUAGAAGUUCACUUAGCAUAGCAUGUGUGGAUCGUUAUGCAUCUAGUUCAUCAAACGUUCGUAUAAGACAUUUCUGUCAUUUAAAUAAUGCAUAUCGUUUAUUAAUAAUUAAUACUUUAUUUUGGUUUAUCGUUCAAAUACACAUUCUUCUAUUCUUAGAUAUAAAAGAUGGUAUAUGUGGUAUAAUAUCAAAUGUUUAUAAAACAUUUAAUCCAUUCUGGAAUUUAAUUGUUGUCGGACUUUCUAUGCCCUUAUUAAUGGGCAUAUUUGGUUGUAUGACACUACUUAAUGUUCGAAAAAUGCACCAACGUAUAAAACUAAACACAUAUACAAACAGUGUUGCAAAUCGUAUAAGAUCUAAAGACUAUCAAUUAAUAACGAUGUUACUUUUUCAAGUUUCAGUUCAUAUCUUAUUAAUAAUGCCUUAUCAAAUACAUACAUUAUAUUCAACAUUAACACAAUCAAUGAAAAAAAGUUCAAUUCAAAUAAUAAUAGAAGAUUUUACAUCAUUUAUAACCACAUUUUUGACAAAUAUCAGUUCAUGCUUAACAUUUUAUAUAUUUACAUUAACUGCUAGAACGUUUAGAAAAGAAUUAUAUAAUUUAUUAAAUGAUUUUUGUCUUAAUCAUCUAUUUAAAAAUAAGUAUUCUACAAAUAUAUCGCAAAGGAACAAUGGGUGA